AUGGAUCUUUUGUUAUUAUGCCUCCUUCCCUUCUUAUUCUACUCUUUCUCUUCCCUUUUCAAGUGGAUUCUUCAACGUAGAGGCCAACCAUGUUACAUGUUGGCCUACGAGUGCUUUAUGCCGCCAGAAGACACGAAACUUGACACUAACUCUGCGACAAAGAUCAUCCUACGAAACAGAAAGCUGAGGUUGGAGGAGUUAAGGUUUCUCCUCAAAACCAUUGUCAGUUCGGGAAUUGGGGAGAACACUUACUGCCCCAGAACCGUUCUUGAAGGGAGAGAAGAAUGUCCAACUCUUAAGGACACGUACGAGGAAAUAGACGAGAUCAUGUUCGACACACUCGACGGCCUGUUCAAGAAGACGGGAAUUUCACCCUCCGAGAUAGACAUCCUCGUGGUGAACGUGUCCUUGUUUUCCCCAGCACCUUCUCUCACGGCACGCAUCAUAAACAGGUACAAAAUGAGAGAAAAUGUCAAAGCCUUCAAUCUUGCAGGGAUGGGGUGUAGUGCAAGUGUUGUUGCUAUUGAUGUGGUGCAACAACUGUUCAAGACUUACAAGAACUCUGUUGGGAUUGUUGUGAGCACUGAGGAUCUUGGUGCGCAUUGGUACUGUGGAAGAGACAAGAAAAUGAUGCUUUCCAACUGUCUCUUUCGCUCUGGUGGCUGCUCUAUGAUGUUUACAAACAAGCCCUCUCUGAAGGGCCGUGCAAUAUUGAAACUGAAGCACAUGGAGAGGACUCAGUACGGUGCUGAUGACGAGGCUUACAACUGCUGCAUACAGGUGGAAGAUGAGCUGGGGUAUUCAGGUUUUCGCCUCACCAAGAGUCUGGUCAAGAGUGCUGCUCAAGCGUUGACAGUGAACCUUCAAGCGAUGACACCAAAGAUUCUGCCACUGUGGGAACUAGUAAGGUUCUUUUUUGCCUCUGUAAGGUACAGUGGGAUGAAGAAGAGAGAGAUGGUACCCUUUCUCACGGGCCUGGUUUUUGGGAAGAGUAAAACGAAGAAGACAAGAUUUAAUGUGUUGGGAGGGGGUUUGAAUUUCAAGACAGGGAUAGAUCACUUUUGCGUGCAUCCUGGAGGGAGGGCAGUUAUUGAUGGGGUUGGCAAGGGUUUAAGGCUGAAUGAAUAUGACCUAGAGCCUGCGAGGAUGGCACUUCACCGUUGGGGAAACACUUCUGCUGGUGGCCUUUGGUACGUUUUGGGUUACAUGGAGGCCAAGAAGAGGCUCAAGAAGGGUGAUAGGAUCCUCAUGAUUAGUCUUGGAGCUGGGUUCAAGUGCAACAACUGUGUUUGGGAGGUGAUGAGAGACUUGUCUGAUACUAAUGUGUGGAAGGACUGUAUAGAAAGUUACCCUCCAGACACCCUUAUCAACCCUUUCAAGAAAAAGUAUGAUUGGAUCAACGAGGAAUAUCUCAGCUUUGUGAGGUUGGAUUUUAGCAGAAUGGUCCUCUAG